CAACCGGCCGGCUUCCACACAGCAGAACAUAACACAACAGUUGUCCAACGACGACGCGAGUGACUAGAACUUUGUCUGCCAUCAAUUAGAACGGACGAGUGGCGCGCAUUACCGCGUUGACGGUUCUCAAAGCAAAAGCAAAAAACUAUAAAAUAUUUUUUAGUCUAAUAAAAACGAAGAAACUACUAAUUAAAGUGGAUUAAGCGAAAAAGACGUUUUAACGCAAAAUAUUAGCGUAUUCUCAGAAAGCACGACGUUUUGUGUAGCUUUGUUGCUGUUGUUUUCUAUUUGUUUCCUUCAUAGUUGGUGACUAACGCGCCCUCACUCUCUUUGUGCUGGGUGUCCAAUUAGUGCAUCUUGUCGUUGUUGUAAUCGUAGUUUGCAUGCAUCACAAACACGCUCCGUGCGGCAUUUUAUAUUUUGUGUGUGUGAGUUCAAUUUAUUGCAAUCAUUUUAUCACAAAAUCCCGAAUCCUUUCCCACACCUUCAUCCUAAACAUCCGCAUCCGUUACUUCGGCAACACUACGGUGUUCACAAAACUCCCGCCCGCAAUGGAUCCAAGCAGUCAAGUUAGUGUUACCACCGCAACAACAACAACCCCGCCCAACGCCUCUACAUCGACAACAGUUGUUGUGCCAGCCACGAGCGCGGCCACAACCGCGUGCGCGUUAACAACCGCAACUACAACCAUCUCUAGCACUAGCAAUGCCAGCGCUCCCGCCACUGCUGUAACGUCCGGCUUAGCCGUCGGCAAUCAAAGCGCAACGGUUUUAGCGCCAGCGCCGAUCUCAACGGCGACCGCUGUGGGUGGCACGCUCAGCCUAACGGCGGCUUGCAGUCAGCCCACACAGCCGCAGCAGGCAGUGCCUAUUAUCGAUCUCGUGCGUGGUGACGAUGCUAAUAAUUCGUCGAUACCCAGCAUUAUUUCGGAAGGACAACGUUCACUCUCUGCCGCGCCGUCCGCCUCAUCGAGUCCGAUACUGAGUCCGCCUGGCAAAAUAUUCGGUCGCAAUGCAAAUGGCACAAUGGUCGCCACAUCUCGCCCCAAUAAUGAGGCCGAAACGCAGCUUUAUCGCGUGCUACAACGCGCGAGUCUACUCGUCUACUACGACACACUGUUGGAAAUGGGUGGGGAUGACGUACAGCAACUUUACGAAGCGGGCGAAGAAGAGUUCCUCGAAAUCAUGGCUUUAGUAGGUAUGGCCUCGAAGCCCUUGCAUGUACGUCGACUGCAAAAAGCAUUACAUGAGUGGGCCAAUAAUCCCACGCUAUUUCAGGGUCCCAUAACAUCCACCUCCAGCACACCUGGACUCUUCGACACACCAACCAAAUCAACUGCGUUACAUAUGAAACACGACGUAUCACCUUCGUUUGCACGCACAGCAUUUCCCACCUACAAUCCCACACCAUCCGCCUUUAACCCCACACCACUCGCUACCACAUCCUCCCAUUUGAUUUCACAAAUUUGUCAACCUGUUAUUCCAAUGCCUGCCAUACAACCACAUACUCCGCUACCUCUUCCGGCAGCUACGCUUCCUGCUGCCGCUACACCAGUCGUACCGCCCACAUUAGGAGCCGCCACUGGUGGCAGCACCACAGCGGGUACCACACACCAAGUCUCGUCCAGCUCGCCACAACUUACACCCGUACUCACCGAAAUGCAAGUGGCGCGCAUAACACAAGGCGCUGAGAAAAUCGCGCGUCAAUUGCCGCAACGCGAACCACGCGCACACACCUCGAAGAAGCGUACCAGCCGCGAGCUCGAACAAGUCAUCGCCAUGCAUGAGAAUGAUCCACGUCGCAUGGAUGAAAUUCGCAAGUACUCAGCGAUUUAUGGGCGCUUCGAUUGUAAGCGCCGGCCAGAAAAACCGCUCACGCUGCACGAAGUUUGUGUGAAUGAGGCGGCGGCUCAACUGUGUCGCUUAGUGCCAGCUCUAUUGACACGUCGUGACGAGCUCUUUCCAUUGGCGCGUCAAAUCGUCAAAGAUGCUGGUUUUGGUCACUCGGCGAGCAUAGCGCGUUAUGGCGCUCUUUUGCCGCAAGUAAUGCAAGCACAACAGGCCAUGACACGUUCCGCCGCCGUCCUGGAUUGUGAGUCUAGUGAUUCGACAGCUUCGGCGUCCAGUAAGCGUACACGUUUGGUCUCUACUGAGACAACGAACGCCAUAACGCCAACCGAUUUGGGUCUGAGUCGGGAAUCAACUGAGGAUUCGCGUUACAAUCUCUUCGCGAUGUAUCAGAAAUUUGCUAAGCCACCAUUCGAUCUAACGGACAUCAGCAAAUUCAACCUCAGCAAGAGCGAAUAUGAUGACAACGAUAAUGACUCACGACUCUCCUUCAGCAAUUCCAGCUCGCCCUCGAUGCCUCCCAGUUCACUCGAUAAUGAGCGCGACUUGCCCGAGGCGAUGAAGUUCAAGAGUUUAACGUCCUUUACGCCCAAUGUGAUUUCCAGCACAGCUGUACACAGUGGCCAAGAGCUUUUAGACACUUCAAAUCACAUUAAAUCUUCACCGAGUCACCAGCAGCGCAACCAAUUAAAAAUUAUGAGCUGUCCCACAACCGAUGCCGCUGUUGGCAUGCUGAGCAGUUCACCACUCGGCGGUGUGCAAGUCAUUUCAGCAGCCGGUGGACAUAUCAUUGCGGUGGCGAACCCCGCGCUGGCGUUGAGUCCAACGCUUAAUGAGGCGUUGAGUUUGAAGAGAGAGGCGAAUACCCCGGAAAUGUAAAUAUUAUAUAAAGGGAAAGAAGCUAUCAGCAAGCGAGAACAAGAUAGGGUUAUCUAGAUGUAAUUUAGUUGUUGUGUGAAAUGAAUGAAAAGUACACACAAACCGGAAGAAAACUACAAUUUUUAUGAAAUCGUGCAAUUCUUAUAGAUUUAGUAAUUUAUAAUCUAUCGUUUAAAUAUAGAAAAAUAAGAAAUUAUAUAAUAAUAACUUGCACUUUUUAAA